AAAAAAACAACUCAGAAUAAGAGUUAGCAACUUAAUUACUAUUAUUUCAAUCUGCUGGGAGGCUGAUAUGUAAAACUCAUCAGAACAGAAAAUCACUUUAUCGUAUUCCUGAGUACACUGUGCACUUUGGUUCUGCACUAUCUGCCUCAAAGUCCAUGUCUUCUGGCAAUUAAGCCCAGGAAUUUGGUCUCCUUCUGUUGAUGGUGAUGACAGCCAACAAAGAAACUCCCUGUUUCCAGCAAGAGCGUCAUCUAUGGACCCAGGACUUCAAAACUUCUCCCACUCACAAGGUUGUUUCAACCCUGGGCAUAUCCAUUUCAAGGCUGAUGCUCAGUUACUUAUUUAGGGAAAGAAACACAAAGCAGAAGAUGCAUCUAAGGAGACAGUUCAGACUCUUCCAGGAGACUUCCCUACUCUAGCAUAAAAGCAGUUAGCAUUAGAUAGUGUGCUGGUCCUGUGAGAGGAAAGGGACAGCUCAUCUCUUAACUUCCAUUGGACGUUUUGGAGUUACAUGAUGACACCUGGAGGAUAAAAGGAAAAGGAAAAGAGUGUGAUCUCCAGAAGCUGUCUCUCUUUCCAACUCCCAUGGAUCCUUUCCCACUUUCAUUUUCCCAAGUCCUUGAGCCACCACAUAUCCAGAGGAAGCCAUUAAGUUCAUCAUCCUCAAGAGACCUAAUCACUGAGUCACCAUAUUCCUGGAGUCCCCAGAAAUUUCUAGGGGAGCCUUAUGUACACAGUCCCUAGGCUGACCCUAGUGGAUACUAAUUCAACUUCUGAUAGGCCAGAUCCCAGCUAUAGGCUGUUAGCAUUGUUGCUGUGGAAAUGGAGGCAAACAUACUCACUGGAAACAUAAAAUGACUAGGGUUUUUGGCCUUGAUGCUACUUCAAGGUGGUUCUGCCUACAAAUUAGUUUGCUACUUCACCAACUGGGCUCAGUACCGAGCUGGGCUGGGAUAUUUCAUCCCUGAUUCCAUUGACCCACAAUUAUGUACCCAUCUUAUCUUCUCCUUUGCCACUAUCAGCAAAAAUAAGAUCACCCCUGAGGAGUGGAAUGAUAUUACUCUGUAUCACAACUUCAAUGAUCUUAAGAAGAGAAAUCCCAGCCUGAAAACUCUCCUGUCCAUUGGAGGGUCCAAAUUUGGUUCCAAAGGGUUCCAUCCCAUGGUGGAAUCUCCUGAAUCACGAUCAGCAUUUAUCAGCUCUGUGAUCCCAUUCUUGAGGAAUUAUGGCUUUGAUGGGCUGGACAUAGACUGGAUCUACCCUGAGCUGAAUGAAAAGCCCUUUUUCGCUUCUCUGAUUCACGAGUUAGCUGUUGCCUUUCAGAAAGAAGCCGAAAAUUCCAGGAAGGAGAAGCUUCUCCUGUCUGCAGGGGUGGCUGCAGGAAGGCAGAUAAUUGAUAACAGCUAUGAGAUCAAGGACCUGGCAAGUGAUGUGGAUUUCAUCAACCUCCUGACAUUUGACUUCCAUGGAUCCUGGGACAAUCCCCUAGUUACUGGCCAUAACAGCCCUCUGAAGAAAGGGAACCAGGACCAGAGGAACAGCGGUUACUAUAAUGUGGAAUAUGCUGUGAACUACUGGAAGAAGCGGGGAAUGCCAGUGGAGAAGAUCAUCAUGGGUAUCCCUAUGUAUGGCCGCUCCUUCACCCUCUCUACACCUGCAUCUAACUCAGGGGUGGGAGCCCCUGCCAGUGGCGCUGGCACCCCUGGCCAAUUCACUGCAGAAGAAGGCUUUUUAGCCUACUAUGAGGUAUGCCAGUUCUUAGAAGGUGCCACAGUCAAAAAAAUCCCAGAACAGCUGGUGUCCUAUGCAGUUAAGGGGAACCAGUGGGUUGGCUUUGAUGAUGUGGAGAGUGUGAAGACCAAGGUCCAGUAUUUGAAAAAAUUAGGGUUAGGAGGGGCCAUGAUUUGGGCCAUUGACCUGGAUGACCAUACUGGCAAAUUCUGCAAACAAGGCGCAUUCCCACUCCUUCAGGCAAUCAAGACGACACUGAACUCUGGCAAAACAGUUUAAACUAGAAAUUGAAUAUCUGGACAUUCGUCCAUUUUGUCAAUGUUCACAGAUGGAUAACCUAUGGCAUCCGCGCCUUCCUGCCCAUCCCACCAGUGACAACUUUACUUCAUUCUCCAGCUGCUGAACAGAAUAAAACAUAAAUGUUUUUACUA